AAAAAAAUCAAGAGAAUCAAAAGAUUCAAAAAAUUCAAACGAUACUAUGAUAAUGGUCACUUGCAACGACCGUUUAGGUAAAAAAGUUCAAGUCAAGUGCUCUCCAACUGAUUCCGUUUUAGAAUUUAAAAAACUACUUGCGGCUCAUAUUGGUACGCCUUACAAUAAAAUUAAACUGAGAUAUGGAGGCAUCAAUUCGCUUAAUAAUAAACUCACAUUGGAUGAUUACUCAAUUAGUAAUGGCGUGAAUCUUGAAUUAUAUUAUACAUGAUUCACCGACAUUUAUACCAAAAAAAUUAUAACAUAACAGCGAGAUAAUCAAAACAAGAAAGACUAAUAACAGAUUUUAAUGUUAAUUUGAUUUAUAAUAAUGUUCUUUUUGAUAAUUAAUAUACUUUAUAUAAACAUUUAUAAAUU